AUGACAUUGUCCGCAAAUAAAAUAUUAGCUGGGAUCCGUCUUGUUGUUGUGCCGAGGGCUCGGUCUCAGGUGGAUCGGGCAAGAGUGUCUAUUUGGAAAGAUCAAGGAGCAACCGUGGACUCGUUUCUUAAAGACCCACGGUCUGUCGUUGUGGUUACCAAGAAACUGACUAAAGAUAAGGUUGAGAGCAGUAUCAAGCGCGAAUUGAAAGAUGCGGUUGUUGUGCGGCCAGAAUGGGUAAUUGACUCACUCGUGAAGCAAACUGUGUUACCAUUCGAUGGGUAUCAGUAUGUUUUCGAAACAAAUCAAAAACCAUCGCCUAAAUCAGCAAAGACUGUGAAGCCGGUCAAAUUUUACAGAGGUGACAAGCGAUUGUUGGAGAUGCUCCAAAUGGGGGUGCGUAUCAACAAGCAAGAUAUGAAUCUGUCCGCCUCGAACGCCAAGAUUAUUAAGCAAUUCGAGGAGAUCAUCCGGAUCUAUGAAACAAUGAGGUACUUCCAUAAAUCGUACGAAUUCAAAAUCAAAAACUACAGGAUCGCAAUCAGCGCCAUCGAGAGUCUAGACCAUCCGAUUACAAGUGCGUCAGAUCUGAGCCAAUUUGGUCUGGACCGUGGUAGCAUAUCCAAACACAUUGAGGAGAUUAUCCGAACAGGCACAUUUGCAAAACUGGAAACACUUAGAAAACAGGAACAGAAUGACGAGAGGUAUCAGUUGAUGACACUGUUUAAGGGAAUUCAUGGAGUUGGAGAUAAAACGGCAUACCGGUUUGUGAAGGCCGGAUAUAAAAAAAUACAGGAUAUCGUCCAGGACGAACAGAUGUAUGCAAGUCUCACCGAGGCUCAAAAGCUUGGCAUUACAUACUAUGAUGAUUGGAACGAAAGAAUCCCUCGAGAAGAGGUGGAGCAACACUACGAGUUCAUCAAAGAUGAGGCGGCUAAAUUGGAUGGCAAUUUGAGAGUUGCAUUAAUGGGGUCUUAUCGUCGUGGAUCACCAGAUAGUGGGGACAUCGAUUUGAUGGUUUAUCAAGAAGGCGUUGACGAUCCCAAAGAAGUGCAACAAUCACUGUUCAAAUUAGCAAGUGCACUGGCCAAAAGCGGAUUUAUUGUUUGUUCCCUUACAGAUAUCCUUCCAGAUAUGCAGAAGUUCAAUGGAGGAUGCAAGUUACCUGGGAAGCAAAAGUGUCGAAGACUGGAUUUCAUCGGACUCCCGUACUCUCAACUCGGUUCUGCCACAAUUUAUUUUGUUGGAAAUGACAUAUUUAACCGGUGCUUGCGGCUGCUUGCUCAAAUGAAAGGGUACCACUUGAACCAGAAAGGUUUGUUUUCCGCCGAUGGAAAGCAAUUGAUUGAAAGCUUUGACGAAAAAGAAAUUCUGCGCACUCUGGGACUUGAUUGGGUCGACUACGUGCAUCGCAACAUAUAG